CGGGGCACAGAGCGGGGCACAGAGCGGAGAGACGCCCAGCCGGGGAGAGACACAGCCGGGAAGCACACAGCCGAGAGCCCGAGUGCGCUAGGAGGAAGGUUAUCCCAAAAAGAGAGUUUGGACGGCAUGCAAAGUUGUGAAAUAUCUUCAGACGGCACUGAUGAUCCUCUUAGUAGUGGCCCACGGAGACACCGGCAACCGCGAAUAGUGAUUAUUGGGGCUGGGCUCGCUGGCCUAUCCGCUGCAAAAACCCUCCUGGAAAAGGGAUUCACGGAUGUAACCAUCCUCGAGGCGUCUGACCGAAUCGGAGGCAGAGUCCAAAGUAUUAAACUUGAACACGCCACGUUUGAACUGGGCGCGACUUGGAUCCAUGGUUCGAACGGCAACCCCAUCUACCAUCUAGCAGAAGACAAUGGUUUGCUCGAGGAGACCACAGACGGGGAGAGAAGCGUCGGCCGCAUCAGCCUAUACUCCAAGAAUGGAGUGGCGCACUACCUCACCAACAGCGGCCACAGGAUCCCGAAAGAUCUGGUUGAAGAAUUCAGUGAUGUUUAUAACGAGGUCUAUAACCUGACUCAGGAAUUCUUUCAGAAUGGGAAGCCAGUCAAUGCUGAAAGUCAGAACAGCGUCGGAGUCUUUACACGUGACGUUGUGCGCAAACGCAUCAAGGAGGAUCCCGACGACUCGGAGAGCACAAAGAAGCUCAAGCUCGCUAUGGUCCAGCAGUUUUUAAAGGUUGAGAGUUGCGAGAGCAGCUCACACAGUAUGGACGAGGUGUCGCUCAGCGAGUUCGGCGAAUGGACCGAAAUUCCUGGCGCCCAUCACGUCAUCCCUUGCGGUUUCAUUCGGAUAGUGGAGAUCCUUUCCUCCUCCGUCCCCAAGUCGCUGAUCCAGCUGCGCAAGCCUGUGAAAUGCGUCCACUGGAACCGGUCCAUACGCAAACAGAUCGACCGGGUCGCCGACCACAACAAUGACCAAGUCGAGGACAAGGGUUACCCCGUCUUUGUCGAAUGUGAAGAUUACGAGUUCAUCGCCGCCGACCACGUCAUUGUCACCGCCUCUCUGGGCGUCAUGAAGAAGUUCCACGAGACUUUGUUUCGUCCCAGCCUGCCGGAAGAGAAGGUCACGGCCAUCGACAAACUGGGCAUCAGCACCACCGACAAGAUCUUCCUGGAGUUUGAGGAGCCCUUCUGGAGUCCGGAGUGUAACAGCAUCCAGUUCGUCUGGGAAGAUGAGGCCGAGAGCGAGAGCCUGACCUAUCCGGAGGAGCUGUGGUACAAGAAGAUCUGUAGUUUUGAUGUCCUCUACCCUCCGGAGAGAUACGGUUACGUGCUCAGUGGGUGGAUUUGUGGGGAGGAGGCUCUGAUUAUGGAGAAAUACGAUGACGAGACUGUGGCCGAAACCUGCACUGAGCUCUUGCGCAAAUUUACAGGGAAUCCUAACAUUCCGAAGCCUCGGCGGAUAAUGAGGUCCUCGUGGGGCAGUAACCCGUAUUUCUUUGGGUCGUAUUCCUACACUCAAGUGGGCUCCAGUGGAGAAGAUGUAGAGAAGCUGGCUAAGCCUCUGCCUUAUACGGAGAGCUCCAAAACUGCUCCGCUGCAAGUGAUGUUUUCCGGCGAGGCCACGCACAGGAAGUACUAUUCCACCACUCACGGCGCUCUGCUCUCAGGCCAGCGGGAGGCCGACCGCCUCGCCGAAAUGUACCAAGACCUCUUGCAGCGCAAGAACUGAGCCGCCAGAACCACUAGCUCGUGAUUCCCACUCACAUCCGUCUACUUGUCCUUUCUUUUUUUUUAAACAAUAAAAAAUGUUCAGAUUUUUAUCUUUUUAAGAAAAAACCGCGACCGUUUUAAAACAAAGUGUGACCCGUAGGCUGUUCCUGUACUGUAUCGCUCGUGGGAAAGGGUGCUCUCUCGCCAUGUUACGGUUUUUAACACUCGCACACCUGGUGCCUCUCAUUAUUUUUUUUUUUUUGUUUUCUGUCUUGUAAGUGCCUUCUAUGAUACUAAAAAGAAUACAAGUAAGUGAAAUAAUAAUAAAUGCAUAUCAGGUC